CUCUCUCUCUCUCUCUCUCGCUCUCUGAUCAAAAUGUGCACACCAUGGACGAUAACAAAGCUAGUGAAGAAGGACUGUGCUUCAUGCUUCUUGGCUUGCAGGUUUCCUCUAGAUGAUGAAGCAGUUGAUGACCGUGGAAGGUAUGCUACAACAACACCACCUCAGUUGCCAAUAACAAACAUGGCCUUCGAUUAUCAGCGUGAUUCUGGAGGAAAUGAGGGUAUUAGGAACAAGAACAUGUCCCCCUCUCGCCACAAAAGUUCAUACCCAUCAGCUCGAAGGCGACUGAAUCAUGAUCCUACACAGGUUAGAGAGAUUACUAGUACAAGCACUAGUAUCAGUAGUAGUGCUUCCAGGCGAGUUCGAUACAAGAGUAGCUCUGAAGAAUCAAGCUGCAGGCAGCCACCACAUUUCGCAGACGAUGAUCAAGACUACAUUGUGUUCUGCUUCAAAGAAGAUGGAGCGUUCGAAGUUACGAAAAAUUUCAAACCAAAAGGACAGAAUUCCAUGGACAGCACCUCAUCAUCAAAAAACUCGAGGCAGAUCAAUCGAAAGAAUGAAGAUGAGGAAGGAAAGAACAUACGCUUGCAUACAAAAGCAACUCCUCCUAGUAGCAUGGGAGAGGUCUCUGAAGAAUCGAGUGACUCUAAUCAAUCGGCCCACAGCACAGCCUCUUUCGCAUUCCCCUUGUUGGAUAUGGAAUGGUCAGGGAGCCCUGUCCACAUGCCUAAACCAGAAGGGCUGGACUUGAGAAAACACAAGGCUCGGUGCAUAGGCCUUCACUUUCCGUGUUGUAGAUUCUGAAACUUGCUAGCUGCAAAUUGAACGUGAACCAAUUACCUGGUCUGAGUAGAAGCAAUAGCAGAGAGCAAUGGUUCCUAGUAUAUCUUUUCCAAUCAAGAUAAUCUAGCUGCUCUAUAUAAUCUCCAUUUCUGAAUUUAAGUUGUAUUUGUGUUUUUAAGGAAGCUAAAAA